UUCUACGACGACUCUAAGUACCUGUCUGUCACGUGGAACUUCCCCUCCACGGGCGAGCUGACAGACUACAUGUGCGACACCCACUUCCUCAACAACUUCGGGGACACGGUUGUCGUGACGGUCUCUGCUAAAACCCCCACCAGUAUCGUAGUAGACAACAACAUGACAAGGACGGAGCUGAUGCUAGAGCUGAGCAACGCAAUAUUUGAGAACCAGGAACUGCGGGAAGCCAAUCGAAAUCUUACGGAGGAAAAACUAACCCUCUUGUUUUACAUCUUCCAUGAGCCAGUGCGUGGACACUUCUCAGGGGGCAGUUCGUCCUACUACAUGUCCAAGUUCCAGUCACCCAGUGAUGAGAAAGCUGCAGAAGUUUGUCGAUCAGGACUUGGGGGGUAUCUUCUGGAGAUUAAUAGUCUUGAGGAGUACCUGAUGAUACAGGUGAGGGGUGCCAAUGACAAAUCCCUGGAGAAUAAGUGGAUCAACGGACACAGCAACACGCGAGUUACGUACUUUGACUGGGGGCCUGACCAGCCUCACGGUGGACUGGCCAAGAACUGCUUAGCUUUGUGGCAUUCGGAGACAGAUGGAAUCAAGAUGGCGGAUAUUCCAUGCUCGAUGAAUCCUGAAGCUUAUACAACCUACUUCAUUUGCGAGAAAGAUGCAAUUGUUCGUUGA